CAGCAUGCCACAUUGAUAUUAUCCCUUCAGUCUUUGAUAUUCUCUGGCAUCACAUCAUCGUUGGGUCAACAAGGUCUGGAUUCUGCCGCGCUGAGAAUCGUUUCUUACCUAUUGUCAGCAACAUCAUCAUGGCCACCAUGGGCGGCGACAAAGGUCCUGGCCCUGUCAGCGAACUUCUGGGCAUGUUGGCCUACGCUUUCGACCAAGUGCAACCACUACUUCCCCUUUACACUCAUCUAGUUCUUUCAGCACUGUUUCCAAUCAUCACUGGUGCCUUCUCCUCACUUUCACGACCUUCAUCAGCAGCCAAGCCCGACAAGAAAUCGAGUGGCCAGCGCGGAGUUGACGAGCAAGAUGAUGAAGACGACGACGAAGACAGCAUUCAAAAGAUGGAGGGACUGAGUCCAAGUGAUGCUAUCAUUUUCCCUCUUCUCGCUGGAUGCACCCUGGGUGGGCUUUACAUGCUAAUCAAGUACAUGGGAGCUUCUCUGCUGAACAAAGUCCUGCGCUGGUACUUUUCCGCAAUGGCCAUAUUCAGUGUCGCCAAAAUCAUCAACGAUGGUUUGGGUGUGAUGGAGUCGUUCUGCUUCCCACACUACUACACUGAGGGAGGCGUUUUGUGGAAGAUUAGUCAGCCUGACAGAAAGGCAAUCCACUCGGCCAUCUGCACAAGACCGUCGCCUCUACCAGGAGUUUUGGGUCGCAUCAUCCUUCCUCAGAGCGUUCUUGGAGUAUUUUGGACACUUCGCGGUCUUCUUAGACGCAAGUACCGCUUGAAGCUGCAUCUGUCUAGUUUGAUCUCGUUCAAGCUCACGCUGACUCUGCGCACGAUCCUCUCAACUGGUCUCGCUCUCGCAACCGUCUUUUACUCCAACUUUGUGUCCGAUGCAUGGUGGCUCACGAAUCUGCAAGGUUUCGCCUUUUCGUACAGUGCGCUCCAGCUUAUGUCUCCCACCACCUUUGGAACUGGAUCUCUGAUACUGAGCGCCUUGUUCUUCUACGACAUCUACUUUGUGUUUUACACCCCUCUGAUGGUCACUGUCGCCACCAAGCUCGACGUCCCUAUCAAGCUGCUCUUCCCGAGACCGCUUGAGCAGGGACAAGAUGCCGCUGAUAGAAAGUUGGCUAUGCUCGGUCUGGGAGAUGUUGUAAUUCCUGGUAUGAUGGUUGGACUCGCUUUGAGAUUCGAUCUCUACAUGUUUUACCUGAAAAGACAAAAGAAGAACUUGAAGCCCACUUCCUCUAAUACCGACGACAAGGACAAGGUCAGCAAGAGUAAAAUAGAAGACGAUGACCAAAAGGAGUCUUACCGCUCUGUCACUGGACACUGGGGCAACAAAUUCUGGACCACUUCCUGGAUCGGACGCUCUCUACUCCCUAGGUACGACUCUACCAAGAACCCACUGCGCAACCCAAUCCCUACGUUCUCGAAACCAUACUUUUACGCCUCAAUUUUCGGCUACGUCCUCGGGAUGUGCGUCACACUGGGUAUAAUGCAAGUCUACAAGCACGCCCAACCUGCUCUUCUUUACCUGGUUCCGGGUGUUUUGGGCAGCUUGUGGUUGACUGCACUGUUCAGAGGAGAGCUCAAGCCAAUGUGGAACUUCUCGGAAGCAAGCGACGAAGAAGAUGAAGAGCACGAUAAGAAGGAUGACAAGAUCAAGAAGGGUGCAGAGAAGGAAGACGUCAACAAGAAGGAGUCGACAUCUUGGUGGGGCAAGAGCUUUUUCUCUGCCGAAAAAACAGAGCGCAACGCAAAGAGACUUGAACAGAAGAUCGCAAAGAGCGUUGGCGGCCAGGAAAAUAGUGAGAACGAAGGCAAGGAUAGCGGCAAGAAGGUGGCCGAGGAAAAGACAAACAAAAAGAGUUUCUUCGAAUUCUCCUUAACUCCUGCCAUCCCUCAGCCUGUCGAGGAAAAAGGGUCGUCAAGCUCAGACUCGAACGACAGCGUCUUGGCCAGUGGUUCGGAACCAAUCGGAGCUGACGGUAUAGCUCCUAAAUGGAGGGGUGCUGGACCGCAAGAGACACAGGAAGAGCGAGCCGGCAAGAGAAGACGUAUCUGAAGAAAUCUUGUAGGAGAGUAGUGUCUCUCUCAGGUGCUCUAGUUCAUCAAGCGUAGCUGCAGCAAGACACAUAGCGACCAUUCCAUGAGUUCUUCAAAAAGGCACUGACUGCCGAUCUAGAAAAAACCCGUAUCUUACUGCAGCUUGUAGUUCCUCACCCGUCAAGGAGAAGCACAAAGUGAAAAUAUUUAGCACAUGGUAGGACGAAACUCUGGCUGCGUUUGUGACGAACACGCAGAAGAUCGUGAUCUUGCCAG